CUUUUUUGAACAAAACUAAAAUGAUCCCCCACAAGAUGUUUCCCCAUUUGUUCCCUAUUCUCUUCUCCCAUCUUCUUCACUCUCAGCAUGAAAUAAUAGGCGUGCGUUUUCACCCUUCAAACAAUGACGACAAUGGUGGCUCAACGCAUCAUCAUCGUCACUUUCUUCACGCUUCUUCUUCUUCAACACCUAACCUUCGCCACCGCUACUGCACUUUGCCAAUUCUCUUUUCUCGACGGAAACACGCUCUACAAUUACACCCUCUCUUCUCCCAUUCGCAACUUCCCUCACGGCAUCCUCAGCGAAGAUGGAUUUUACAAAGUGGCAGUAAAUGAUACCACACUUUGGUUUCAGCUUUGCGAUGGAAUGAUUUUCAAUCACGAUCCUCCAAUAUGUGCUGACUGCUGGGAUUGUGGAGGGCCAAAACAUUGUGGGAUGGAGUGCAAUGCACUUGUGGCAAACAACGUUGGAGGUUAUCAUGUAUGCACAGCCAUAGGACGUGGCCCUAAAAUAGAUGUUGAUAUUAUUGAUAAGAAAAACCCCCACACUGGUGUCAUUGUUAAAAUGUCAAACAGUGGCCCUAAGUACAACUGUUCGCUAGCUGUGUCUGUUCUUUGCAAUUUAAAUGGAGUGCAAGGACCGCAAGCUCUGGAGAGAUUAGGGGCCUGUGAUUAUGUUACUGAGCUAAAGCACCCAUCUGGCUGUGCCAUCAUUAUAAAUGUUCAUGGAGGAGGGUGGGGGUGGUUUGGCACCUUACUGAUCAUUGUUUUGUGCCUUUUUGCUGCAUAUCUCUUGGCUGGUAUAGUUUACCGAUUUUUCUUCCUCGGGAUUCGUGGUAUAGAUAUUAUCCCUAACCUUGACUUCUGGGUUAGCUUGCCUAGGAGAACACAGAGUCUGUGUACAUCUUUGGUGAGGAAGUUUAAGGGACCGUCUGAAGGUUACCGGAGCUCUUAUUCUCCUGUGAACUUCUGAGAUUAUAUUUUCAAUUCUGGAUUUAUCUGGUGAAUACAUUACGUAUAAUCUCCCAAACAAGGCCAACAUUCUGCAGACAAAUGCGGAAAAAUUCCAUAGAAAUCUGUAAUUCUUGUUCUGAUUGUCCCUCCAUGAAUUUAGCAUUUAACAAUCUUUUGUCUCUCUGAAAGAAAAGGAGAAAGAGGAGGAGGAAGAAAAAAGAAAGUAUAGCAUGAUUCUUAAAGAAAAGAGGAACUAUAAUGGAGCUAAUCCAAUUGUUUUGGUAGACAUUCUUUGGUUUAUAAUUAGAUAAUUGAAUGAAAAUGUAACUUGUCUUUUGUUACUUUGACCAUUAAUUCAUUCGUGUUUCUCAUUUUGUAA